AUUAUAUUGGGGUCUUUAUCAGCAAGAUCCAACAAACCCUCAACCACAAGUUGCAGCAGCUUCGCGAACCCCCCCAAAAAAAAAGAUAUUGAGGAUUGGCAGCUGAGUGGCACCAGGAAACAUGUCUCAGUUCAAUGGGGAUGAAAUGGAGUAUGCUGCAGAUGAAAAUGAAAUGGCGGAAGUAGAAGAUGAUGUGUAUUUCCGUGGCAGAGGAUAUGGUGAAUCGGAUUCAGAUGAUGAUGAAGAUGAUGAAUAUGACCCUCUGGAAAACAGAAUAACAGAUACCACUGCUGCUGAAGCUAGGAGGGGAAAGGAUAUUCAAGGUAUACCUUGGGAUAGACUGAGUAUUAGUCGUGAAAAAUAUAGACAAACUAGACUAGAGCAGUACAAGAAUUAUGAAAAUAUACCCCAAUCAGGGGAACUGUCAGAGAAGGAAUGCACACCCACAGAUAAGGGUGGAAUGUAUUAUGAUUUUUGGCAGAACACUAGAUCUGUGAAGUCAACAAUACUUCAUUUCCAAUUGAGGAACUUGGUUUGGUCGACAUCAAAGCAUGAUGUAUAUCUUGUUUCACAUUACUCAAUUGUUCACUGGUCUUCAUUAAAUUCUAAAAGAUCUGAAGUCUUGAAUGUAUCAGGGCAUGUAACUCCGUGUGAGAAACACCCAGGAAGCCUCUUGGAGGGUUUCACACAGACACAAAUAAGUACACUGGCUGUACGAGAUAACUUGUUAAUUGCUGGAGGCUUUCAAGGGGAACUUAUUUGCAAGUACUUAGAUAGACCCGGGGUUAGCUUUUGUUCCCGAACUACUUAUGAGGACAAUGCAAUUACUAAUGCUGUUGAGAUUUAUGACAAUCCCAGUGGAGCUGUUCAUUUCAUGGCUUCAAACAAUGACUGUGUUGUUAGAGACUUUGAUAUGGAGAGAUUUCAGCUUUCAAAGCAUUUCAGCUUUCCUUGGCCAGUAAAUCAUACUUCAUUGAGCCCUGAUGGGAAACUAAUUGCAAUUGUUGGAGACAACCCAGAAUCGAUACUGGUGGAUUCUCAAACUGGAAAGACUAUGGGAUUUUUAUGCGGACACUUGGAUUAUUCAUUUGCAUCUGCAUGGCAUCCUGAGGGCCGUAUUUUUGCCACUGGGAACCAAGACAAAACAUGUCGCGUUUGGGAUGUUCGAAACUUGUCGAAGUCUGUUGCUGUUCUUAAGGGAAACCUUGGAGCUAUACGCUCGAUACGGUUCUCAUCUGAUGGACAGUUCAUGGCAAUGGCUGAGCCAGCUGACUUUGUGCAUGUAUAUGAUGCAAAGCAUGGGUUUGAGAAGGAGCAGGAGAUUGAUUUUUUUGGGGAGAUCUCUGGUGUAUCUUUUAGCCCUGACACAGAAUCACUUUUUAUUGGUGUUUGGGAUCGCACCUAUGGAAGCCUUCUUCAGCUCAAUCGGCGCAGAAACAAUAUGUAUCUCGACUACUUGUAAAUCGGUAACCUACAGCUUGUAGAGAGACUCCUGCUGGAUAUCUCUGUGUCUUCUCUUUGGUUGGAUGAUACCGGGAAUGAAUAAAUGCAUUUACCUUGGGCAUCCCUGUAUUAUAUUGAAGAAUGAAACAGAGAAGGAGUGAGAGGAAGGUUUCUUCUUCUUCUUGGGUGCUCUAAAGUAAGGGUAUGCACUUUAGAAGAUGAGUACAAGGAUAAUUCUUGAAGAAAAAAUCCAUUAUCAUUGUGGUAAAAUAUGUGCAUGUAUAUAAUAAAUUGUAAAGAUAUUAAAGUUACAAUCUUUGACAAUUUUUUUUAUCAUAGGUUAUGAUUCUACACCUUAUUUUCUAAGUUGCACUCUUGACUGAUUCAAAUCUUUAUAUUAGUAUUCCAUUUUGUGGGUUCUAAA